CGCGCCGAAGUGCGAGCGGUUGAACGCCAGGUGCGACCGUUACAGCCGUUUCCUAGCGCUCCUGUCCCACCCUUUCCGCCUGUCCAAUCGCAACUGCGUCCUCUAGUGGGGGCGUGACCAUGAAGCCCAGGGUACCCGGGAGCCGGCCGAGCUCGCCCGGCUGCUCGCUAUGCUGCGUCACUUCCGGCGUGUGCGUCCGCCGUCCGUCCGCCGCGGGAUGGCUGCUCUGAGGAGUUGGAUGUCCCGGAGCGUGGCCUCUAUGUUCAGGUAUGGACAGCGUGUUCCCGUCGUGGCUAACUCAAAGAAACGCUGUUUCUCAGAAUUGAUAAGACCAUGGCACAAAACUAUGUUGGCUGGAUUCGGCGUGACCCUGUGUGCAGUCCCUAUCGCUCAGAAAUCGGAGCCUCACUCUCUUAGUAACGACGCACUAAUGAGGAGGGCUGUGUCUUUGGUGACAGAUAGCACCUCCACCUUUCUGUCUCAGACCACGUAUGCUCUGAUCGAAGCCAUCACCGAGUAUACGAAGGCUGUUUAUACGUUAGUGUCUCUGUAUCGACAAUAUACAAAUCUACUUGGGAAAAUGAAUUCACAGGAGGAAGAUGAAGUGUGGCAGGUGAUUAUAGGAGCCAGAGUUGAGAUGACUUCAAAACAGCAAGAAUACUUGAAGCUGGAAACCACAUGGAUGACUGCAGUUGGCCUGUCAGAGAUGGCUGCGGAGGCCGCCUAUCAACCAGGAGCUGAUCAGGCCUCUAUAACUGCCAGGAAUCACAUCCAGUUGGUGAAGUCGCAGGUGCAGGAGGUGCGCCAGCUCUCCCAGAAAGCAGAAACCAAGCUGGCUGAAGCACAGACACAAGAAUUGCACCAGAAAAUCCAGGAAGCCGGUGAUGAGAGAGCUGACCAGGAAGAGGAGGCCUACCUGCGGGAAGAUUAAGGCCUUGAGCCCACUGCCCUAUCUGCCCACUCAGUGGGGAAAGCGGGUGAUGGCAUCCACCUGGUAUCACCCCAAGUCUGCGGAGACAACAGGCUCUGCCCUUGCCGGUCAGACCGGAAGCCUUUUGUGAGCUGUGCCUGCCCUUUUCUGGUCUGUCUUUGAGCCUGGUUCACCCAACACUGUCUCACUCAGCACCUCUCUCGCCAUUUUUUUUACCUUACACCCAAAGUAUUUUACGAACCUGGGCCAGAGGAGGAGGGGCCUUUUCUGCCAUACCCUCAAGUUCAAUUGCUGUUUAGCUGCAGUUUUUAAUAUUACUCAGAUAUUCAAGUAUAAUUUAAAGUUUGCUCCAAAAGAGGGAGCCUAUCUGGUUUGUAAGAUUUGUGUUUAUAAUGUCCUUUGUCCCUGUGAGCACAGCUCAGCUAAGGAGUUUCUCAGAGUAUGACUGUUCCUGGUGCUCCCCACAAGCCUUCUAACACAUGCUUCCUGCUCACUCCUUCAAGUUUCUCUGCUGUGUCCAAAGGAAGAGAAGUUGGUGUUUGCAUUAAAAAAAAAAAAAGUCA